GUCACUUUCCAGGUCCAUGCAGCGCAUUUCACCCCACUUUGUCUGCCCCGCGCUCUUCCAGGACGCCCUCCGAUAUACCUUCGCAUACCGUAAAGUCAGCCUAACAACUAUCCGAACCCACAUUCUCGCACCCCGCCGCCGCUUCUGUACGCAAACUUCGUCUUUGGGCUUCGACGACGACAUGGGCAAAGAAGACAAGAACAAAUCGUUCAACCUGAAGGUGCCAAAGGGCACACGCGACUGGACCGGCGAGGAUGCCGCACUUCGCGACAACCUGUUCCAAACCGUAACGGAAGUUUUCAAGCGCCACGGUGCUACGACACUCGACACGCCCGUCUUUGAACUGAAAGAGAUCCUCAGCGGUAAAUAUGGAGAAGACUCGAAGUUGAUAUACGAUCUACAGGAUCAAGGCGGCGAGCUCUGCUCACUGCGCUACGAUCUCACCGUUCCGCUUGCAAGAUGGCUCGCCAUGAAUCCUAGCGUUCAGAACUUCAAGAGAUACCAAAUCGCUAAGGUGUAUCGCCGCGACCAACCAGCGAUGACCAAGGGCCGCAUGCGAGAGUUUUACCAAUGCGACUUCGAUAUUGCGGGUUCCUACGACGCCAUGAUCCCAGAUGCCGAAGUACUCAAGAUCGCGACCGACGUUUUCGAUGCGCUCAAGUGGGAUUCGUACACAAUCAAGAUAAAUCACAGGAAGAUUCUAGACGGCAUGUUCAAGGCUGCUGGCGUCAAGGCAGAACUGAUACGGCCAAUCAGCUCGGCAGUAGACAAACUAGACAAGCUACCAUGGUCAGAGGUCAAGCAGGAAAUGGAGACCAAGGGACUGCCAGCAGACAUUGCCGAUAAGAUUGGUGAAUGGGUGCAGCGCAAAGGCGGUGACGACAUCAUCGACUAUCUCAAGACGAACGAGACUCUCUCUCAGUCGGAAGAUGUCAGCCAGGGUGUUCGGGAGAUGGAACAGCUCUUCUCAUACCUCGAUGCUUUUGGUGCCCGCAAGAGGAUCUCUUUCGAUCUCUCACUCGCCAGAGGUCUAGACUACUACACUGGGCUCAUUUACGAGGUAGUUACAGAAGGCUCAGCGCCGCGCGUACAAGGUCAGCAGCAAGAAAUCGGUGUAGGAAGUGUCGCCGCCGGUGGUCGUUACGACGGGCUUGUGGGCAUGUUCAGUGGCAAGCCUAUUCCUUGCGUUGGCAUAUCCUUCGGCAUUGAUCGAAUCAUUAGCAUCAUGAAAGCCCGCGGCCAGUCGACACAGCGUGCCAAAGAUGUCGAUGCGUUCGUCGCAGCCUUUGGUGGUAAAGGCUUCACUGGCCUAUUGACAGAACGUAUGCAAGUCGCUCAAGAGCUAUGGGCUGCAGGCAUCAAGGCUGAGUUCUCGUACAAACUGAAGCCGAAACUCCCUCAGCAAUUCAAACAAGCUGAGGUGGCCGGCGUCCCGCUCCUCGUUAUCCUUGGUGAGGAUGAGCUCAAAGACGGCAAGGUCAAGAUUAAGGUCCUGGGAAUCAAAGACGACAACGACCCCGAGAAAGAUGGCGUACUAGUCAACAGAACUGAUAUGAUUGCCGAAAUUCGGAAGCGACUACCAAGUGCAGCUUGAUCGCAGUUGGCGGGCGGACUUUCAGACUGAUGGUGCACUUAUAGAUACCCAUAGACUACAUUCUACCAGCUCUCCUACUCAGGGUUCACAGUGCCCUUCGCAAGGACCAAAUUUGGGGAGAGUCUAGAAGAACAAAAGCAUGUAUACUUCGAUCUAGGACGGACACGACGUGGAUCUUUCCAGUCGGGUGCAUAAUGGUCUCCCUAACAUUACCUGAGUCGGACGUGUACAGAUAUACAAUGCACAUAUAUCCAAAAAAAAAAAAAAAAAAAAAAAAAGAGAAAAAAA